UGUGUUGUGGUUAAGUUUUUGGGAAUUUGCGUGUAUAAUCGGGAAAUCUAUUAUUAUUCAUUCGUUAUAUUAUUUUAAAAUAUUGAUAAUAAGAUUAACAAGAAACCCUUCUCUUGUUCUCGCUCCGAGAGCUUAGUAUAGUAUACUGCGGCUUUUUUUAGUUAGUAUACGUAUUGGUUCAUUUAUUUACAUUUGAAGGGUAUUGUAAUAAAUAGCUAAUAAAAUGUCUGAAGAGGAAGAUAAAUUAACUAAACAAGCCCAAGAGCUUCAUAUGUCACCCAGUUGCUCCAGCUUCGAGGUGCUGGACCCUCACGACCCGGUGAUCAGUCGGCUCGCCACCCAGCUGUUCAGGAAGACCAAUGAUUACUUGCAGGGUGAAAUGGCUGCGGGACAGGACCAUUACGUGCUGCUGGAGGAAAUCAACCGUUUGGCGAUCACCAAGUAUACCGAUUUGAGGAACCUUGCUGUUAACCUCAGCAAAACUCUGAGCGACUACAAUGAAAUGUAUGAGCAGCAUAUUAGGCAGCUUCUGCAGCAGAUCGACGCAAUCGACGCCCAAGUAUCCAAGUUCGAAGCCAACGCGUACCGUCUGGACAGCUACACCAAACAGCUGCAAGCACGUUUCAAAGAAUUAGAAGAGAAGUAAGGUAACUGCACGGGAGACCUGCUCUUGCAGGCAGACGACUCUUUGUAACUGUAGAAAAAACAAUGCAAAAUGUCAAUGUAAAUAAGCAAGAACUCCUCAAAUGGAUAAUAUCUUUUUUUUUCACUGCACUGCGAUUUGCCAUCGAUAUGAAAGUCUUUUUCAGACGGUUUGUGAUUGUGUUUAUCUAUUUAAAGGUGCAGUCCAGUAACAAUUAUCCUCAAGGCUACGUUUUACCUCAUUGAAGGCAGCCCACUAAUGAGACCUGUCUCACAUGCCACUAAAACCAAAUUGUGUCAACUGCUUAUGGUCAGUCAAUCGGCCGCAUGUUUGGGCACAAAAAAGCAAAAAAAGAUAAUAAAUGAUUUAAUUUUUAUAGCACUUCGGGUGCCUAUUUUGUAUUUUUCUUUCUUUGUAAGUUAUUUAAUCGCGAAGUUUUUCACCUUUUAGGCAAAGCGACUUACCUAAGUAGUUUAUUAAUUGAUUGCAGCCAUUGUAGGUCUCCUGGUAGCGAUAUUUUAGUUACUGCUAAGCGAAAAUACAUAGUUUCGUCGGCUUACAGCGAAAACUACGUGAGCGCCAUUUUGAAAAAUCACAUUCUUUUUUCAAAAUUGAGAACACACUUUUGUACCUGAAUUGACACUAGCGUGUAUUGCGACGUUUUGUUAACAAAAAUCACAUCGGAAUGUAAUUUAUCAAAAAGGCGGUUGAGUGGUUUUCGCUAUAAACCGACGAUAUGUCAUUAUGAUUUUCCUAAACAUGGACGUAUUCUGAUGUUUAUUUUAUUUGUAUUUUCUUUUCAUAUCGUCUCUGGAAAGCCAAAAUAUCCUAAAAUAGCAGUCUGUGUUAUGAUAUUUUGUAAGUCUUCACUAGGCAUAGAAAAUUAAAAAACAAUGUAAUCUUACAUUGGGUAAAGUUAUGAUGAAAAAGGAAAACUUCAAACGGCUUUUUCUCGAAAUGGCGUUUUGGCUCUUACUUAAUUUUGCCUUUCCAGUGACGAAUAUUCAAGUAUUGAAUGCCUCAGAUUAAAAUAGCGAAUCUAUAGGCCUGAAAGAGAUUUUAUUUAUUGUGGCACUAUUAGUGAGAGUUAGCUACUGCCCAUAAAAUCAUCAGAGAGCAUAAAAAGGGCAUGAACAAACGCAUAAAAUCUCCUUUAUGAUGAUUUACUGUAAAACACGCGAAGCAUGUUGAGCAGUUAAGAAAAAUAUUGUUAUUCAAGUAAAUAAUAUUAUUGCUAUUAUAAAAAGUAAAUAUGCCACUGAAUAACCGACUUGUAAUUUUUAUAUAUUAUGUAGUUAAGAACAUUCCCGUGAAAAGUGUAUGUACAAGUAUACAAUUUAAAAUUAUGAGUAUUUAAUAUUUGUAACAAACAAUAGACCACUUUGUUUACUGGACACCAAAGUCACCCUAAAUACACACUACUCGUCAAGAAAAUCGAAACAAUGCAAGUUAAGGGUUAACAAGUAUUAGGAAUAAUAAAAAAUAAAUAUAAUUUGAAAGUAAGUUUUAUAAGGUUUUUAAUUCUUUGUUCCAAAUUCAAAUUUAAAAUUUAUUAAACUUGUGAACAAAAUUUUAAAAGUUUUCCAUUUUUUAUGAUGAGAAGUUUAUUACGAGUAUGCAAUUUAAUAUUAUGGGUAUUUAUUAUAUUGUAACACUAGAUUCGUUUACUGUAUAGCGCCCUACAUAUUUAUACAGGGUGUUAGUGACAUCGUAACGGACACAUUGGGGGAUGAUUGAGAUCGAAGUGGAAUUUUCCGUUACGAUGUCACUAACACCCUGUAUUUUCCAAUGCAUAGUACACCCUUUAGUGUCGUGAUAAUGUAAACAUCGCUAUUCCUUACAUUCUGUAGUAAUUAUUACUGAAUUAAUUUACCAAAUUAUUUAUUACUACCUAAUUACUAUAUUAAGGUAAUAAAUUUUAAGAUAAUAGUGCCGAUUCGGGCUGAACAUAAAUUAAGUUAAAAAAGAAACUUCCAAUUCCAAUAGUCAAAUCUGUUACUUUUUACUUAACGUCAAAAUAUCUAUGGAAUAUGUACGCAAACGUACACAGUGACGUCAUAGAAAAAUGUUUUAAAAUAACGAACUUAUUGUUGCGUUUUUCUUAAUUAUAAUUAGUCAAUAAAUUAAAUGAAAAAACAGAAAAUGUUAUAUUUGUUUUAGACAUUUAGUUGGUAGUUAAUAUUUCAUAAUUUAUUUGUGACUAAGGAAACUAUUCAGAUUUUUUUUUCACAACUCAAUGUAAAAACAAAUAGAUUGUAUAUAGGCCAUUGGCGAAAGGGGGUUAAAAAGGCCACAUCGAAGCUAUUCAUCUAAAAAAGCAAUAUUGCAAUUUGAUAUUUGCGCAUAUAAAAGUAUGUGCGCAAUGCAAACAAAUGUCAAACAGCAAUGUUGCUUUUUUAGAUGAAUUGCUUCUUAACCGAACAGCUCAUUUCUAGCAGAAAUAUCUUCUGGCAGACUCAGAUAGAGAUAGUAUAAAAAUCCUUUGUUACGAUGAGUGAAACAAAAAUAUUCAAGUAGUUUUAGAACUGACAAACUAAAAUUAAAUCAUAAUAUAUCCUGUACACGCUAUGUAAUUUUAUGUUAUACCUAUCAUUUUCUUAUCCGCUGAAAAAGAAAGGGAUGGGUAAUCGACCCGCAUAACAUUUAUAAAACACAUGCCAAUAAACCUUCUAAAAAAAUUACGUCUGCCAAUAACCCAACUAAAUUAAGUUGAUGGCACACUUCAAACAGGUUGCGUACCUAUUUGAUUCGUCCGGCUAUUCAUUUUAAAUUUCAAAUUAACAGGCGUUAAUCAGCCGUCCCUUUUCGGCGGAUGAGAAAAUUUCAGGUAAAACUUAAAAUGAAAUUAGGUGGUGUCUCCAGGAAUUAGCACCUAUGUUUACCAGAAUUGGCACCAAUAUUAUAUUAAUUUGAAUCAGUCUCUAAACUACACUGAACUGCUAAACUAUGUAUUACACUUUUAAAAAGAAACAAGAGAAGUUAAAGAUUUAGAUUUAAAAAUAACUUUUUAUAGAUAAUUUUAUCGGCUUUCUUAGUAAUUUAUUAACACAGUAACAUUUCGAGUACUUUUUAUUUCGAAAGUUUGUCUUGUGUACUUAGAGUUAUUAUAAUUUUAAAAGUGUAGUUCUUACUUUUGCAGGCCGGUGUAUACUUAUAAUAAGUAUAGAAAAGCUUAAAUAUUUUGAUAUACUUCCAAUUAUCACAUAUGUUAUUUCGAGGUUAAAUAGCAUGUGACAGUCAUGUUAGGUGCAAUAUUGAAUAAAUAAAUUAAAAAUACA